CAUGUGAAAGCUAAUCCAGAUACACUUCUGUCUCGCUUUUAUGGCCUUCACCGAGUAAAAUUACCACGUGGUCCAAAAAUUCAUUUCGUGGUGAUGAACAAUAUUUUCCCACCACACCGAGAUAUACAUGAAAUUUAUGACUUAAAGGGAUCAACUGUUGGACGUGAAACUAAAGUUACAAACAAUCACAAUCCACGCACGGUACUUAAAGACCUUAAUUGGAUAAAUAGUGAACAACAUUUGGAAUUAGGUCCUGCGAAACGAAC